UCCUGGCCUAGCUGAGUGUGCUGGAGCUGACAGGCCUUUCCUUCUGUCCAAAUGGGAGGGGAAAGCUUUGAAAGCGCUGAGCAUCAGUGAGUGGCCCACACAGUGAGAGCUAAUACGAGUGAGCAGCGAGAAGACCAGUCAGUCACUGUCAGAGACGUUUUCGCCAGUUUCCCUCUCAAGACGCUUUGCUGAGAGAUUUCCGUCAACACGGACACACAGGAGGAGUCGUGUUAUAAGGCUAAUACCGCGGGAGAGAGUUUUCUGUCAGCACAAGCCGCCGGCCAAGCGAGAAGUGUCCACGGUCAAGAGACGAGUUCAGCUAUGGUGGACACACAGACGUUCUCCUGGCCCAUGGGAUUCGGCCUAAGCACUCUGGACCUGGAGGAACUUGACGACAGCUCACACUCUUUAGACAUGAAGCCUUUCUCCACACUGGACUACGCAACAAUCUCUGGCGUUGAGUACGAACCCAGCCCGCCCCAGAGCGAAAUGACACACAUGAUGGACCUGACACACAUGUACAGCUACAGAGCCCACGAGACCAACUACAGAGCCCAGGAGAGCAACUACAGAGCACAUGAGAACAACUAUAGAACCCAGGAGAACAGCUAUAGAACCCAGGAGAACAGCUAUAGAACCCAGGAGAACUGCUAUAGGGCCCAGGAGAACAACUAUAGAGCGCAGGAGCACAACUACAGAACUCAGGAGAGCAACUACAGAGUGCAAGAACCCCAAAGUUCAAUUAAACUUGAGCCAGAGUCUCCUCCACAGUACGCAGAAAAUAGCAUGUCAUUCUCUAAACUGCACGAAGACCCCUCCACCUCCGCUUUAAACAUCGAGUGCCGAGUGUGCGGGGACAAGGCCUCUGGCUUCCACUACGGUGUCCAUGCCUGCGAAGGUUGCAAGGGAUUCUUUCGCCGAACAAUUCGCCUAAAGCUAGUCUACGACCACUGCGACCUCCACUGCCGCAUCCACAAGAAGAGCCGCAACAAGUGCCAGUACUGCCGCUUCCAGAAGUGCCUGAUGGUGGGCAUGUCACACAAUGCCAUUCGCUUUGGCCGCAUGCCCCAGGCAGAGAAGGAGAAGCUCUUGGCCGAGUUCUCCACUGAUAUGGACCACAUACACCCCGAGGCGGCCGACCUGAGGUCCCUCGCCAAGCAGCUCUACGAUUCCUAUCUUAAGAACUUCCCCCUGACCAAAGCCAAGGCCAGGGCUAUCCUCUCAGGGAAGACCAGCGACAAUGCACCCUUCGUCAUCCAUGACAUGAAGUCCCUGGUGGAGGGCGAGCAGUUCAUCAACUGUCGGCAGCUUCCCCGACACGAGCAGCUUCGGGCCAACAUGGGCGCGAUGCAGUCAGAGCUGCACCGUGAGGUGGAGCUGCGAUUCUUCCACAGCUGCCAGUCACGCUCGGCUGAGGCGGUCAGCGAGGUCACCGAGUUUGCCAAGAGCAUCCCGGGCUUCGUGAACCUGGACCUGAACGACCAGGUGACGCUGCUCAAGUAUGGGGUCAUUGAGGUGCUCAUCAUCAUGAUGGCACCGCUCAUGAACAAGGACGGCACGCUCAUCUCAUACGGCCAGAUCUUCAUGACCCGUGAGUUCCUCAAGAGCCUGCGCAAGCCCUUUGGAGAGAUGAUGGAGCCCAAGUUUGAGUUCUCCGUCAAGUUCAACAUGCUGGAGCUGGACGACAGCGACAUGGCGCUUUUCCUGGCCGUCAUCAUCCUCAGCGGAGAUCGCCCAGGAUUGCUGAACGUGAAGCCUAUUGAGGAGCUGCAGGAGAACGUUCUCCACUCCAUGGAGCUGCACCUGAAGAUGAACCACCCCGACUCCCUCCAUCUCUUUGCCAAAGUGCUGCAGAAGAUGACGGACCUGCGACAGCUGGUGGCCCACCACGUCCAGCUGAUGCAGCUGAUGAAAGAGUCAGAGAUCGACCUGUGGUUACACCCACUGCUGCAAGAGAUUAUGAGGGACUUGUACUAGGCUGUGGUUUGGCUUCGUGAGCCAGAACGGUAGUGAUCGUGCUUUGGUUUUAGUGCUGGGUUGUUGUUUUUUUCCUCUUUCUGUGAAGGAAUUGAGCCUCCAUUGACAGUGAGAGAAGAACUUAGUGUCAUCCAUUUGGCAGCCAGAACUUCUGAGAUUAGUUGAAGAAGAGUCAUCUAAGGUGAGCUAAACUGAAUGGAGCUCUCUGAAAUGGGAUUCUUCUAUAAAGGGAAAGCACAUAUCAGCACAAAUGUAUUCUAUAUUUAACCAAAAAAAACCAAAACGCACACAUAUUUGGAGGGCGCCGGCAGCAAACCUGGACAUGUGAAAUGGGAAUUUCAAAGCAGUGCAGCUUAAUUCAUAUCACUGUUUGCAGCAGACGAACUUUCUGAAAACUUUGAUAAAAGAGAUUUUUAAGAGUUAUUCAUGAAGAUGUGAUACUUAAUCCUGUAUCUUAAAGGGGAAUUCCUCUGAUUUUUAAUUAAGAUCAUUUCUGCAUAAUUCAAUAAACAAAGCCAUUCAGAGUGGUUUGAUGUUAAAUGGUUCAAUGUGAAGAAACCAGCUGUUUUUUCUUUUGUAGUGGUGGUGAUAGGAACCAGGGGUCGCCUUGUCUACAACACAAAUGUAGCCGUUUUAUUUACUGUCCAAAACCAGCAGUGAACCUACACGUGUCUUCAGGAGGUUUAUGUGUUUUAUAGUUUCGUUUUUGGACCAAAACCUUCUCGAAACUAUUGUAAAACAAUACAAGACAGUGACUUUCUAUAAGGGAGCUUUUAAAGGCUUCAGACAUCUGGUUCCUAUCACCACCACUGUGAAAAAGUCUGAAUGACUUUGCUUACAGCUUAACCUUUUGAUUAUUCAGAAAUGUAGAAAAGUCAGUGGAAUUCCCCAUUAAAUUCUAUGCAAAGUAGAUAAAAUAAGUGUUAUCUGUGACAGCUGUGUACAUACGAGAAUGUCUUUCUUUUUUGCAGUUUUCAUUGUUCUCAAAAAAAAAAAAAUUAUAUUUCAGAGCUUUAAUUUUUUGAUUCUAAAACGCCUUUUUCGAAAUGUAUGUAAAUACGACAGACAGAUUUUUAAGGGCAGCCUCUGUCGGGGGUCUCAUCAUAGUUGUUUUACAUUGAAAAUGGUUAAUAAAAUGUAAAUAAAUAUUUUCAAGAUGU